ACUUGCUUAAGUUUCUCAACAGUGUUUGUUUGGAUUCAGAAAUUUCAAACUCAAAUUCUUUGGAACCACUCAGCCUUCUUCUUCUCUCUAUCCGCUCGCUCAUCCAGACUUUUGGGUUCUUGCAACGAGAGAGUUUUUUUUCAGGGUUUGGAUUACAAUGUUUGGGUUGAAGAAGCCUCUUGAAAGACUUUCCAAGCAUCAUAAGCCUUCUUCUGCUUCUGCCUCCAAGUCGAAUCCUUUUGAUUCAGAUGAUGACAACAAUAAAAAGCACACCUUGAAGCCAUCCAACAAGAUCUCCCCUCAGCCUUCUCUACCUACUACUAAGAAGAAUCACAGCUUCAACCCUUUUGAUGAUGAUGUUGUUGCUGACGAUGAGGAGGAGGAGGUUGAGAAAAGAUUGAAGCCUUCUUUCAAGAAUCAUUCCCGUGAUUCGGGAGGUGUGGAGAACCAGACGGUUCAAGAACUCGAGAGCUACGCUGUGUACAAGUCCGAGGAGACCACCAAGACCGUGCAAGGGUGUUUGAAAGUAGCGCAGGGGAUAAGAUCAGAUGCUACCAGGACUUUGGUCAUGUUGAAUGAGCAGGGAGAGAAAAUCACGAGGACUCACCACAAGGCUGUUGACAUCGACCAUGAUCUCAGUCGGGGUGAGAAACUUCUUGGAAGCCUCGGAGGCAUUUUCUCAAGGACCUGGAAGCCUAAAAAGACUCGGUCUAUAACCGGUCCUGUUAUAACUAGAGGUGAAUCCCCCAAGAGAAGAGUUAACCCCUUGGAGACUAGAGAGAAGCUGGGGUUGAACCAUCUACCCAAACCACAUUCAAGAACUCAUGAACCUCUCCCUGAAUCAGCUGGUGCUUAUCAGAAAAUAGAGAUGGAGAAAGCAAAGCAGGACGAUGGGCUUGCAGAUCUAAGUGAUCUACUCGACGAACUCAAGAACAUGGCUAUUGAUAUGGGAACUGAAAUCGAAAGGCAAAACAAUGGACUUGAUCAUCUUCAAGACGAUGUCGACGAGCUUAACUUCAGAGUUAAACAAUCUAACCAACGAGCUCGCCGUUUACUCCGCAAGUAAAACCAGCCACAAGAACCUUGUCAGCUUCUCUAUUCUAUGGACUUGUUGCUUUUAUUCAUGAAUCUUAUUCUGAUCUUAAUAAAGUUUGAGACAUUUGAUUCCAAAAGCUGCAUGAAGUUUAUUUUAGAUACAAUUACCAG